AUGAGGCAGUGGCUGCUCCUCCUGACCAGCGUGCUGCCGUGGGCGCUGGCGCCGCCGCCCCCGGGCCAGCCGGGCCCGGGCUCCCCGCCGCGGCUCGAAAAGCUUGAUUCUUUGCUCUCAGACUACGAUAUCCUCUCUUUAUCCAGUAUCCAACAGCACUCAGUAAGAAAGAGAGACCUACAGGCAUCAACACAUUUAGAAACACUGCUGACGUUUUCAGCAUUAAAAAGGCAUUUUAAAUUAUACCUGACGUCAAGUACGGAACGCUUUUCCCAAAAUUUCAAAGUGGUGGUGGUCGACGGUAAGAAUGAGAGCGAGUACAACGUCAAGUGGCAAGACUUCUUCAGCGGCCACGUGGUCGGUGAGCCUGACUCUAGGGUUCUAGCCCACAUAGGAGAUGACGAUAUUACAAUAAGGAUCAACACAGAUGAGGCAGAAUAUAAUAUAGAGCCACUUUGGAGACUCAUUAAUGAUACUAAAGACAAAAGGAUGUUAGUUUAUAAAUCUGAAGACAUCAAGAACGUCUCCCGGCUGCACUCCUCCAAGGUGUGUGGCUACGUAAAGGCGGAAAACGAAGGUUUGCUCCCGGAAUGGCUGGUAGCUGGAAAGGCACCUGAUGAGCUUGUUCACCGGGUGAAGAGAGCUGACCCUAAUCCCAUGAAGAACACGUGUAAAUUAUUGGUGGUGGCAGAUCAUCGCUUUUACAAGUACAUGGGCAGAGGGGAGGAGAGUACCACUACCAACUACCUGAUAGAGCUCAUUGACCGAGUGGAUGACAUCUACCGGAACACUUCCUGGGACAACGCCGGCUUCAAAGGGUACGGGAUCCAGAUCGAACAGAUUCUCAUUUUCAAGUCUCCACAUGCUGUAAAACCUGGUGAGAGACACUAUAACAUGGCCAAGAGCUACCCAAAUGAGGAGAAGGAUGCCUGGGACGUGAAGAUGCUGCUGGAGCAAUUUAGCUCUGAUAUAGCUGAAGAAGCAUCUAAAGUCUGCCUAGCACACCUUUUCACGUACCAGGACUUUGACAUGGGAACUCUUGGAUUGGCUUAUGUUGGUUCUUCCCGACCGAACACUCACGGCGGCGUCUGUCCCAAGGCUUAUUAUAAUCCGAUUGGAAAGAAAAAUAUCUAUUUGAAUAGUGGUCUGACCAGCACAAAAAAUUAUGGUAAAACCAUUCUUACAAAGGAAGCUGACCUGGUCACGACUCAUGAGCUGGGCCACAAUUUUGGAGCGGAACAUGACCCGGACGGCAUCGCGGAAUGUGCCCCAAGUGAGGACCAGGGAGGAAAAUUCGUGAUGUAUCCCAUUGCUGUGAGCGGGGAUUACGAGAACAAUAAGAUGUUCUCCAACUGCAGCAAGAAGUCCGUCUACAAGACCAUCGAGGUCAAGGCCCUGGAGUGCUUCCAGGAGCGCAGCAACAAGGUGUGUGGCAACUCCCGCGUGGACGAGGGCGAGGAGUGUGACCCAGGCAUCAUGUACCUGAACAGCGACACCUGCUGCCACAGCAACUGCACGCUGAAGGCGGGCGUGCAGUGCAGUGACCGGAACAGCCCUUGCUGUAAAAACUGCCAGUUUGAGACUGCCCAGAAGAAGUGCCAGGAGGCUAUUAAUGCCACGUGCAAAGGCGAGUCUUACUGCACAGGCAACAGCAGCGAGUGCCCGCCUCCUGGGGACGCCGAGGACGACACUGUGUGCUUGGACCUGGGCAAGUGCAAGGACGGCAAGUGCGUGCCCUUCUGCGAGAGGGAGCAGCAGCUGGAGUCCUGCGCGUGUAACGAGACGGACAACUCGUGCAAGGUGUGCUGCCGGGACCGCGAGGGCCGGUGCGCGCCCCACGUCGACGCCGAGGGCAACCACCUGUUCCUGCGGAAGGGGAAGCCCUGCACCGUGGGCUUCUGUGACAUGAACGGCAAAUGUGAGAAGCGAGUACAGGAUGUCAUUGAGCGGUUUUGGGACUUCAUCGACCAGCUGAGCAUCAAUACGUUCGGGAAGUUCCUCGCAGACAACAUCGUGGGCUCCGUCCUGGUCUUCUCCCUGCUCGUCUGGAUUCCUCUCAGCAUCCUUGUCCAUUGUGUGGACAAGAAGCUGGACAAGCAGUACGAGUCUCUGUCCCUGUUCCACCCCAGUAAUGUUGAGAUGCUCAGCAGCAUGGACUCGGCCUCGGUCCGCAUCAUCAAGCCCUUCCCGGGGCCGCAGACCCCCGGCCGCCUGCAGCCCCUGCAGCCCGCCCCCGUGAUGCCGCUGGUGCCGGCGGCCCCGAAGCUGGACCACCAGCGGAUGGACACCAUCCAGGAGGACCCCAGCACGGACUCGCACGUGGACGAGGACGGCUCUGAGAAGGACCCCUUCCCCAGCGGCAGCACGGCCGCCAAGUCGUUCGAGGACCUCACCGGCCACCCGGUCACGAGGAGCGAGAAGGCCUCGUCCUUCAAGCUGCAGCGGCAGAGCCGUGUCGACAGCAAAGAGACCGAGUGCUAG